AUUUCCAAUAUUGCCCGCCGCACCCCACCUGCUGCCCCCCAGGUCUUUCCUCUUCCUCUUGGCCGUGCCCUCGUCCCUCCUCGGCCUCUCACGCAGGCUCAUACCCGAGCAGCAAGCGCAUCCCAGCCGCUGCUUCUCAUCCGCUGCGCUGUCGCCAUGAUAUCCAAGCUGAAGCCCACUCCCGGAUCGAGGCUGGCUGUCCUGCUGGGUCAUCCGGGAGCGCAUUUGCUCCUUGCGCUGACAGUUUGGACGGUCCUGUUUGGGUCCCUAGUCUACCCGUCCGUCGGCUUUCUCGCCAAUGAGUUCCGGUCGCUACCCUGCCGAAUCGACUCCUCCGAGUCAUUUCCCGUCGCUGUGUGCGUCACAGGAUGUCCUCAGAGCUGCCCCACCUCGUUUACCGCCGUCCAAAGCUCGAUUCUGACCCCGUGUGAGCCAAGCUUUCCCUCCGACGACCUGAACCACACGCUGCCAAACUUUGAUCCCGACUGGAGCUUCGGGUGCGACGGCCGCACUCGCUCGGCCUGCAAUGCCACGGGUUCUCUUGGGCUGUGUCUGGCAAAGUCAUCCGGCCAGCGCAAGAACUGCUGUCCAUCCUGCCGGCCCAGUGCCUCAAGCAACUCCAUCUGCGAAGUGACAUGCGCCGCCGGCUACGAGCAUCGCCUGAACAUGACGAUCUCCUUGCCUCACGAGGGUCUCGUGCAGCGGUCCUAUGUCACCAAAAGCUCCGUGUACGCCGGAGCCGUUAUCAAGAACGACACCUUCUAUGCCAUGCAAGUCGGGCACCACCGAUAUUGCUAUCUCCACACCAAGAGGCCGCGGUAUUUGAUUCUCGAGACAGAGUUCACGAAUCCUCUUGACACUGUCGUCAUCGUCAUACUCGGCGUAUCAUCUCUGGCAACGAUAUUCUUCCUUGCCAAGGCCACCAUCUAUCUCAUAGAACCGUGCUGCGUCGCCCGUUCGCACUCUCCUCGGCCCUGGUCGCCAUACAGCAACACCUAUCCCGAGGACCUGUCGCUGGCGCUCUGGUUUGGAUUGCUUCUGCCCUAUGCCAUUCUGUUACCCAUCAAGAACUUUGGAAUCAUCGCGUACACCACACGUCAGCUCGUCUCUAUCGGCAUCGGCCUCUCAUGUGCGCUAGGCUUUUCCCCCCUCGGCGUCAGGUUGCUGAUUGGCCUUGCAUCGGUGCUGCUACGGUACUGGAGCAACUACCCGUUUCACCCCAGCUAUCGGGACAAAGUCUUUACCCUCUGGGACGCUUGGGUGAUCUACAAUGUCACAAUCACCGGGCCAGUUGUCAUCUCGGACCUGAUCAAAGUCAUCUGGGAAUCUGGGAGGGGCGACAUCGACACCAUCGAUAGACUUCGCACAUGGCUGCCCUGUAUGAUUGUCUGCGUCGGCAUCGGGGCCUUCAUCUUCCGCAUCGUCGCCGAGCUCAAGCGGCGAACCAAGGUCGGUCGGGCCUACCGCAAUGCCCUGCCUGUGGGCAUACUUCCUCCAGUGCCUCGCGACAUCCAUGAUGUCAUCAACGGAACAUAGAUUUAUUCAUUCUUCAACGGCCUCAGGCCGGCGGGACAUGUCCCAGUAUACACCGUUUCCAUGCUCUGUAAUCUCAAUACAUUCGUUCAUUAUGUGCUUUCAUUUGCCUGGACGACCUGAUUUUAUGGACAGGGCCUGAACCGGGAUCGAAACAGGACUUGACAGCACGGCAUCUCUACAGGGUGGUCCGGCUGCGUGCAUUCGGCGUGCAUUCGGCGUGCAUUCGGCGUGCAUUCGG